UACAUUUAUCUACUGAUUGGUAUUGCGCCUGUUCAAUCCCAAAUACUGGGCGUAAAGGCACUGUCAGCCAUUUUAGUACGUUUUUGUGAUAAUUCGUCGUGUAACGAGUUAUUUUUCUUCAUUUAUUAAAGUGAUUGGAGAACGUAACAGAAUCUUCUGAUUUCAUAUUGAUUUAGUCCAUCCUUAUUGAGCUUUACUUUCGGUGCCCUUUCGCCACAAUAAUCAUUUUGAUAAUUUUUUAAGUUGCAUCUACUAUGGGCACUCGCGAUGACGAAUAUGAUUACUUGUUUAAAGUGGUUCUAAUCGGAGACUCAGGAGUUGGUAAGAGUAAUUUACUUUCAAGAUUUACAAGAAACGAAUUUAACUUGGAAUCUAAAUCGACUAUUGGGGUCGAAUUUGCUACCAGAAGUAUAGUUGUCGAUGGAAAGACUAUUAAAGCCCAAAUAUGGGAUACCGCUGGCCAGGAAAGAUAUAGAGCUAUAACAUCAGCAUACUACCGUGGAGCAGUCGGUGCAUUGUUGGUUUAUGAUAUAGCAAAGCAUCUUACGUACGAGAAUGUGGAGCGGUGGUUAAGAGAACUGAGGGACCAUGCUGAUCAGAACAUCGUCAUCAUGCUCGUCGGUAAUAAAUCAGAUCUGAGGCAUUUGCGGGCUGUUCCGACGGAGGAGGCCAAGAACUUUGCUGAAAGGAAUGCUCUCUCAUUCAUUGAGACUUCUGCUCUUGAUUCUACCAACGUGGAAACUGCUUUUCAAAAUAUAUUAACCGAAAUUUACAGAAUCGUUUCGCAGAAGCAAAUUAGAGAUCCUCCCGAAGGAGAUGUAAUCCGGCCACAAAAUGUAGAAGCAAUUGAUGUUAAACCGACAGUUAAUACCGAAAGUGUCAGAAAGCAGUGUUGUCAAUAGAGGCAAGUUUUUCAAUUGUUUUGAAAUUAUGAAAGUUUUGUAUAUUUUGGUAUAUGAACGUAUAUACUUCUUAUUUGUUAUAUUUAUCUAUAAGAAAGUAUUGUAAUUUAUUAUUGCUAUUAUUAUAUAAUAUAUUUAUAUAAUAAGUUGAUGUUAUCAAAAUGUGGUUAUCACUUGUGCUUUCAAUAACCCAUAAUUUGUAUGAGUGACUGCUUUGUCUCAUUUAAUUCAAAUAAAGAAUUUAAAUUAUAACAACUUACAAUAACUU